CAACAUGGGUUUCUCCAUAAACUCAAGAAUGUUGGUAUAUGCGCUUCGGGUAAUUAAUAGUUUGAGCAUUGUUAAGUUUGACAGGAAGUUGGAGUUAAUUCAGAGUUGCGGGUUUUCCAAAGAUGAGACCAUGCAAAUCUUCAGAAGAGCUCCCGCAUUGCUUCACCAAUCUGAGAAGAGGCUAAAAUUUGGAAUUGAUGUGUACUUGGAUAAAAUUAUGGUGCCUAGGUCACUACUGGUUAAGAACCCUGUGAUUUUGAUGUUAAGCAUGGAGAAAAGGGUGAUUCCUCGAUGGCGGGUGUUCCAACUGCUAAUCUCAAAAAAAUUACUACUUGAUAAGAAUCCAAGUUUUCUUGAAGUGCUUAGAUUGCGGGAGGAUAAAUUCUUGGGGAAGUACAUCUCGGAGUUUAGAGAUAAUGAAAAGGCUUUAUUGGAGGCAUAUAAGGGUCACUGUCUCGAAGAUGCUUCUAUAUAAUAAUCAACAAGUUCUGUUUCACAAUCUUGUCUGCUUGCAUCUUUGGAUACUUCAGAAUAUUUUUUGAUUGUGGAGAACAGAGAGGAAAGGAAUUGAAAUUUUCGUGCUGAUUUUUCCGUUAAUUUAUAUUAUAACAUUUUUAACUCUGUAUUUGACUUUUAUAUUCUUUCUUUAAAUGCUCUUCCUCAAACAUACGCUUGAUACUAACAUGUUAACUUGAAAGCUAAGGUCAAGCCUCUUAAGACUUACAUGAGUCAUCUGGAAGAUGCUUCUAUAAAGUCUUCCGUUCAAUAUGUAGUUUUGAUGUUUAUUUUUGUAUAAGCUACAGUCUAACAAUUUUGCUUGGUAUCUUGCUCUGAAUCUCGUGAUAGAUAUAUACAUUUAAUUUA